AUGUCCAAUACUACGCUAAGUAAAAACGAGAAUUCUUCUUCUGCUAAAUUAUAUAUAAAAAAUAGUGAAGAUGACGACAAUGUGACCCCAUAUAAUGGUAAAUUUGGCUAUGGACCAUGUCAGCCAAAUUGGUUACAAUGUUUUAAUUCGGCCAAAUGGUUGACAGUUCAUGUAGGCGCCUUCGUCUUUUUGGCUGGGAUGCAAGUUACUGGGUUAAUGUCUGCUGCGGUCCUUCCAUUAGAGAAGCAAUUUGGAUUUACUAGUACGGAAAUUGGGGUUAUGGCAGCCAUGUAUGAUGUUGGAGCGGGUGUAUUUGGCUUUAUAUUUAGUUUUUUCGCUGCUCAUACGCAUAAAGGGAAAUGGGUAGCGACUGGAAGUAUAUUAAUGGCUAUCGGAUCGAUGAUUAUUGCUUCUCCUCAUUUCAUUUACGGACGUUAUCAAUAUUCUGCGGUUUUAAAUGUAAGCAGUAUAUGUAAUGAAACAGCCGGUAGUAGCUGUAUUAGUGGUGCGAUAUCUUCGUCAUCUGUACAACUUUUUAUCCUCUCCUUGGGCCAACUUAUUUCUGGUAUGGGGUCGACAAUUAUUUGGACUAUCGCUUUUCCCUAUCUCGACGAAAAUGUCAGCCCAACAGCAUCACCUAUCUACAUAGGUGUAUUUGGCGCGUUAGCUUCUCUUGGACCUGGAGCUGGAUAUUUACUAGGAGGCGCUUUCUUAAAUUUCUUUGUCGAUUGGCCUACUAGACCAACAGAUAUCAACUCUUCCGAUCCGCAAUGGGUUGGCGCUUGGUGGUUUGGCUAUGUAUUAUCUGCUAUAUUAAUGGCUAUGACAGCGGUUCCUUUACUAGCCUAUCCCAAGCAUUUACCAGAAUACGAGAAAAACAAAGAAAAGCGUGCUAAGAUUGCUAUCGGUAAAUCUGUAAUUGACAAUAACUACGGUAAUAGUAUUAAAGAGCUACCAAAAGCUGUUAAAGAAUUGGUUACAAACAAGGAAAUCUCUAAUCUAAUCAAUUGA